CCGACCACCCGACCCAUCGUGGGACCGGGGACCGGACCGGACCGGUGCACAGGACCGAAGAGCACAGAGGAGGGAAGGACCAUGACAGAAACCACCAAAACGCACGUCAUCCUGCUGUCCUGCGGCAGCUUCAACCCCAUCACCAAGGGACACAUCCAUAUGUUCGAAAAAGCCAGAGAGUAUCUGCACAAAACAGGGCGCUUCAUUGUGAUCGGAGGGAUCAUCUCACCAGUACACGACUCCUAUGGAAAACCUGGUCUCGUGUCAAGCAGACAUCGUCUCACUAUGUGUCAGCUCGCUGUCCAGUCCUCUGACUGGAUCAGAGUGGACCCCUGGGAGUGUUAUCAGGACACCUGGCAGACCACCUGCAGCGUGCUGGAGCAUCACCGUGACCUCAUGAAGAGAGUCACUGGCUGCAUCCUGUCCAACGUCAACACACCGUCCACCACCCCUGUGAUUGGUCAGCCACAGAACCAGACCACGCCCAUCUACCAGAACCACAACAACAUGAAUCACAGCCCCACAGCCAUCAAACUGUGGGGGAAGAUUAGUGAGAGUUUGGGCAAAAUCUGUUGUGUCCGCCCACACAUCGAGCGCUUCACCUUUGUUGAUGAAAAUGCCAACCUGGGGACUGCGAUGAGAUACGAGGAGAUUGAGUUGCGCAUCUUGCUCCUGUGUGGCAGUGAUCUCCUGGAGUCCUUCUGCAUCCCUGGCCUGUGGAAGGACAGUGAUAUGGAGGUGAUCGUUGGAGAUUUUGGCAUUGUUGUGGUUCCCCGUGAUGGAGCCGACACAGAGAGGAUCAUGAACCACUCCUCCAUCCUCCGCAAGUACAAGGACAACAUAACUGUUGUGAAGGAUGCAACGAACCACCCAAUGGCCAUUGUCAGCUCAACCAAGAGCAGACUGGCCCUGCAGCACGGUGACGGCCACGUAGUGGACUACCUGAGUCAGCCAGUCAUCGACUACAUCCUGCAGAGUCAGCUGUACAUCAACGCCUCGGGAUAAAGACCUGCAGCAUGAAAACAGGAAGCGUGGAGGUGUGGUGGGGGGUACCUACAACCAUCACCUAUAUAAAUAUACUGUAACCCCUCCCCUCCCUGAAAACUAAAACUUCCUUGUCUGUCUUCUGUGUCAAACAUAUACUCUUCUUUGAGCUGUCGCUUUCCAACAGGAGCUUUAGUGUCCCUCCUUCUGUCUGUGUCAUGUGACUCUACCAUCAGGGAGGGAGGGGGGUGUAUUUUUGGGGGAGGACGGCAGGUUGGGGGAUGCAUGACACACAUCCGGGCAGAAAAAUGGCAGCGUUAGCAGGCUUCAUGAAAGAACCGCUCGUACCGACAGUUUGUUUGUCAGACUUUGGACUUUCUGUGCAGCUUCACCUUAAAAAUUAAACACCAUCCCCAAAAUUUAAAGUUCAUCUUGGCAUUCAUUGCUGCCCAGAAAGGAUUUAAUUUUCAUCCUGAAAUUUUUUUGUUACCUCAGUGACAUUUUAUCAAAACAGAUUAAAGUUGUAUUCAUAAUUCUACAUUUUUCUUUCAUUUUGGUGCCAGCCAACCGUAUUGCUUUGAAAUAUCUUUAUGCCUCCUCAACCGAGUGGUAGUUAACACAAUUAGAGCCUGAAGUGAAGGCCCUUACAAAUCCCACUGAAAUGCUCACCUAACUGUCUUCUCCUGAUUGCAAACUUUUAUGACACAAUGUAGAAUUCAACUGAUUUUCUCCUAUCCUGCAGAGAAAGCCCAACUGUUUACUGUGUAGUACUAAUGACAAGAUGCAUACCUGCCUGUAAUGACAGUUACCCUCAUAAGAAUGUGUUAUUCUAAUGCAGAAAGUUUACAUUUCAGUUAUUUCUUGAUAAUACCUUUUUUUUCUUCUUCUUUUUGAGUAUAUGCAGGAAGAAGUGCUUUAUCACCAAAGUGAAGUCCAGUUAUUUUCCAUCUCAGUCAGUAACAACUAGGAAAUGUAUUCACAUGUCGGACUUGUUUUACCUUUGUAUUGUAAAAACCUGUUUUAAUCUUCUUUUCGAUGUCAUUUCUUGACUCCAUCUUUCUGGUCGCAGUAAAUCCCAGAGGCCACAUUUAUUGACCGCUUGUUUCUGCACUUGGAUUCUGCAGAACCCAGUGUAGCCCUCAAGUUGAAAAACUUAAAAUCAAUAGCUUCAGAACCAAAUCUUAAAAAAAACAAUCAAUUCAUCCAUUUGUUUUUCUGCUUUCUGGGGAGACAGCAGGUGAAGCAGGUUAUUCCAGAUGUCCUUCGCCCCAAAAACACUUUUCAGUUCCUUCUUUAGGAUCCUGAGGUGUUCCCAGGCAGGAUGAGACACAUACUCCCUCCCUCUAGAGUGUUCUGGGUCGACCUCUUCCACCUGGAAAACCUCCAAACGAAGUCGCCCAGGAAGACUUUUAAUCAGAUGCUCAAACUGGUUCCUUUUGAUGGGAUGUAGCAGCAACUUCACUCUGCUCCAUCCAGAUGUCUGAAAAACAUUUAUCAGGACUUAGCCUAAGAGGAGAUCUGAGCUUGCCUGACCCAGAUAAAUCCAAAGAUAAUUAGACCUGCAAAGUUUUCCUCGUGUUUCCAGUUUUUAGAGCCCAGAAUGUUUUUUCUAAAGGUUCUUCACUAAUGUUCUAAAAGUGAAAAUUUAGUCAUCAAGAGUUAACAAGACAUUGCAUCUUGUUGCAUCCAUGUUUUCAUACAAUCUGUGGUGUAAAUUUGUUUGCAAGAAAACUCAUCUGAGAUGACAUUGGAACAUGAAAGUGUUUCUUGCCUGAGGCCUGUUGUUUUCCUGCAAAGUACGCUGCUGUCUCAGAAUCACUAAAUCUCAAAAAUUUCACACACGUGACGGGAAGAUGAUUCAAUUCGACCAGCGCAGGUAACCGUAGCAGCGGUUCUGAUGCUUCAGGCUGUAGUUUGAAGACAGAGAUGAAGGAGACUGCAGGGCAUCAUUUGGCCCUCUGAUGAUUAUGAUGGUACCUUCUUUUGUAAAGAUGUGAUGCUCAGCAGCAGCAGCAGCAGCCAUGUUGUUAUUGUUGUUGUUGACAGAUUGAGUCUCAGAUUGUUUUGUUUCCUCUUUGUUUGCUCCUGUUCUUAGACUGCAUGCUUAGACAGUUUGGUUCUGGCAUGAACGUUUAUCACUCGGUAGAUUCUGAUCUGUUGUGAACGUGUUUGCAAAAAAAGAAAAGAAAGAACACAAAAAAUAAAUAUCUCUAAAUAUUAAUAAAAUAUAGCUACAGUGGGGCUCAUCGUCUCCCACGUCUGUCCAUUUUCUAUUCACUCUGUAAAUGUACAGAUGUCAUCAGUGUAAAAUGUUUGCAAUGAUUUCUACAUGUGUGUGCAUGUGUGCGUGAGUGUGUGUUUGUGUGUGUCUGCAGGAUUUUAGCUUCCUGACAGUCACAAUCUGUUGUAUUAUGUAGCUGAAAACGAAUCUAGUUUUCCUUAUUAAUCUGCCUUGUUUUGUUGCGCUGACUUCUUCUGAUUGUAAGCUGUGAUGCACUGUUAAAAAUGACAUUUUAAAUCUGUGUGUGUGUGCGUGUGUGUGCGUGUGUGUGUGUGUGUGUGUGUGUGUGUGUGUGUGUGUGUGUGUGUGUGUGUGUUGAGAUUUAUCGGCACAAACCCGUGUUUACAGAUCAGGACAGAAAAUUUUGAGUAACAAUAGCAAAGCAUCAAUGAAUCUCAAAGGAGAGAAGAAGGAGGAAUGAGUGAAGCUGAAUUUCAUUUAAAAAAAAAAAAAAGGGAGUUUGGUUGUUUAUUGAUUUAAAACUGUGGCUACAUUCACACCUCACUGCUGGCAAAAUAAAAUAUUUCUUUGAGGAAAUGA